ACAUCUGCAUCUGCAAGCCAACGUCGCAGAUCGCGCCUGGUUUCGCGCUCGCCAAGUCGCACCACCUGCCGGCCAUCACACGUCACCUUGUAUUUGGUUCCGCGCGGGUCCCCUCACCGUGGCGUCACUGUGCCUCUCUCUUACGGCGCUGACUGUGGGUGCGCGACUCGAACGCCAUCUCGCCCACGCAACUCUCUUGAUUGACACCACUCCAUCCUCCAAACACCUAGCAAACACACGCCGGGCGACAUGGACGUGUACCUCGCCUCGGACGGCGGGUUUGUACAGAUCCCCCAUGCCCUCAGCGACUACGACUCACUUGAAGGCGUCAUCGCCGACGUGUCGGCCGCCACCGGUCUCAUCUCCGGCAAUGUCCUCCUGUUCACAGAAGACGGGCGCGAGCUCAAGCAAGAGGUGCUCGAGGAGCUGUGGGAGCGCGGGGGGCAUGGUGGCGGGUCUUCACCACAACGCGAGGUCGUCUACCUCUUCAACCGCGAAACUUUCUUCAGCGAUCCGGAGCGCUGGGCUAACGAGCUCCGCGAGGAAGUCGUGUAUCCUCCAGUUCUAGAAGCAUCGGGGCAGCUUGGCGUAUCGCAAGCUCAGGCACCGUUCGCGGUCGCUUACGACCACCUGUGCCAUCUUCAAUCCCUGUUCAAGGCGCAGGCGCACGCCUUGCGCAUCGCAUAUGCUAACCUGGCCUACCAUCUUGACCCUAUUGUCCAGGCAUUCCGCGAGUUCUCCUCUAGAGCCGAGGACCAGCUGUACAACCAGGAGAAGUUGCUCGCUGGGUAUCAUGUUGACAUGGCGAUGCUGCCGAAGGUUAUCGUCCACGAGGCUGUAUAUCGCCGACGGGACAAGGAUAGUGUAGAGAAGCGGAAGGCACUCGUUGACUGGAUCCACACAAAGAAGAUGGAGGAAGUGCGGAACCACUGCCAAGUGGCUCACACCGACUGGGUUAAUCGGUAUAACACUGUGCUAGGCGAAAUGGACGAGUUGGCUAUCCAGUCAGACGCCGAUCGUCAACAGGCUGAGCACCGCAUUCUGGGCGUCGAACACGAGUUCACCGCAGCCCUCGAGCGCGUCGACCUGGCGAUACAACAGGUGGAGGCGCUGUUACGUUCUGGCGAUGUCGAAGCAGAUAACAGCCUUCGAGAUCUGGAUCAGGCUAUGCGCGAAGAUCUCGCAGGCAUGACCGCGGUCAAGAACGACUUCACCCUCGAUCUGCAUGUCCACUUGCGGGGCAUCGCAAACUACCAAGUCCGCAUGACCAAGCUCACCCGGCCGAUGACGGAGCUAGAUCUCGACCUGCGGCAGAAGAACGCGUUCCCUCAUCUGGAGCGGCUGCACAAUAUGCCCUUCGCGUACGCUGCCAAUAUCAUCGAGAUUGUCCACCGCAAGAACUUUGCUUCGACACUCACGGAGUGGGCAAGCAGACUGUCCCGCACACUGAAUACUGUGCUCGCAGAGGAAGCUCGGCGGCGACAGCAACACAAAUCGGACAACUUGCUGCCCUGGGAGAUUGCUGCGUUGGAGGAGAGCCAGGUCGCACGGGUAGACGUGUCUUUCCCCAGCACCGACAUAUUGUCAGCCACCGGUUUGUCGCGCAAGGACAUAGACGCGCUCCUGGCAUCGCUCGAGCACAUCCGAAGCGAUGCGGAGUUCCAGAACCUUCAAGACACGGAGAACCCCAUUCCUCCGCUGCUCGAACAGAUCAAGGUGCUCAUGACUUCGCUCGAGUCCUCAACCUUGACAACGACAGCUCAACUUGACCAGGCUGCAGCCAGCUCGGCGGCGGCUCCCAACGAGCUGCAGGAGUUGCGCGAUGAGAAUGCCGCAUACAAGGAUCGUCUUGCUGAGAUGGAGAAGCACAUCCGCGACAUGGAGGAGCGGCACGAGAGAAAGGUCAACAUGCUGCAGAACCGGCAGGGCGAGAUGCAGGAGGAACAGGUUCGUCUCCGCACCGACUUGAGCGAAGAAGUACAGGCACGGCAGCACAUUGCCACUGAGCUGGACGACAAGAGUAGAGAGUGCGAGGAGCUAGCGCUUGCGCUAGAGGAGCAGAAGGAGCUUGUUGCCGCGCUCAAGGUGGACUCGCAGCAAGAGAAGGACCGGAUCAACGACCUUGGGGUUCGACUCCAGGAGGCCCUCCUUGACGUCGACGGCCUGCGCAGCGCCGAGCAGACCCUCAUCUUCCAAAUCAGGGAGAUGCAGGAGGAGCGCACGCGCAUUAUCACCGACCUUGGCGAGGCGCAGCUCCUUGCCACCAACUACGAGUCGGAGCUUGCGGGCACUCGGGCAGAGCUGGAAGCGACGUCAAACCAGCUCACUGAAGCGCAGCGCGAGCGCGAUCUGGCUCUCAAGAAUCAGUCGGCCGAGGCCGAGCGUAUGAUGCGCGAUCAUAUAGCCGAGGCGGACGGCGACCGCGCCGUUCUCGAGCACCAGAAUUUGACACUUACGAAGGAGCUCGAGACGGUGCGCGCUUCACUUACCGAGAAGCUCAAUGCCGCGAAGAACGCACACGUUCGCCGUGAGGAUGGUCUAAAAGCGGAGCUGUCGUUCACAAAGGCGCAGCUGCGCGAGGUGCAGCGGCGCGAGACGGUGCUCUCUGAUGAGCUCGCCAUGGCCAAGGACGCCAGUGCCUCCGCGGAGAAGAAGGGGACCCACAACUCGGAGAUUGCGCGUGACGCUGUAAUCCUUGCGGGCAAGUAUCACGAGGCGUGCCAGCGCCUCAUGCUCGCCAUAUCGUCAUCGACGACUAUCUCCGGCAGCCUGUCUCUCCCGUCGAGGCCAAAGCCAGCGGUGCCUCUCCGUUCCGGCUCGCCGACGAGCAGCAUCGACAUGAACAACUCGUCGGUUCUCACGCGCUGCCUUGAAAGCGCGAGCGGCUUUGAGCUUGAUGCCUUUGCCGACGCGGUGCUGCGCACCAUCAAUCUUGCGCGCAAGCUGUCCAAGAGCUGCAAGACAUACCGUGAGCUAUCGCGCAGCAAGAUCACCAUCUCGAACUUUGGCAAGGGCGAUUUGGUGCUGUUUUUACCGACGCGCAACGCCGCCGUCAACGCAUGGGCUGCAUUCAACAUCUCCGCGCCCCAUCACUUCCUCAAAGUGACCGAGCCUAUCCGCCAGCAGCUGGUCGGCAAAGACUACUACCUCGCACGCAUUACUGCGACCGACGAGGCGGUUGUGAACGGAGACUCCCCCGAAACGAAUCCGUACGGCCUGGCUGAGGGACUGCGCUAUUACUCGCACUAUGUGGAAGAGUGGCAGCCCGGCCAGCCCCGCUUGUCACGCCGCUCGAUGUCGUCAAGCGCCCCGGCAACCCAGAAACCUUCCCAGCCGAAGCGCCAGGUCAGCCAGCCGGUUCCGCGUCAACGCAGCCUUUCGCCGUCGAAGGAGGAGUCGGCUUCGCCGUCCGCUGGGCCGUCGCCCCCGCCCCGGAUAUCGCAGACGCAGCCGUCACCAACGGCGCCGCUGUCUCCACAGCCGCAGUCUGCCGGUCACUCUGCUAUACACUCUGCGGUUCAUUCCCCUCUGGCCUCAUCGCCAGCGCCCCAGGACUCAUCGCCCCAAGAUCAAUCGAGUGCGGGAGACUCGCCCCGCCGGUCUCUGGACGUGCGCUCGCCCCCUCCGCGCGAGUCCACCCCUCGUCGCUCGCUGGAUGCGCGCUCUCCUCCGCCACCUGUGGAGACUUCCCCUUUGCGCUCUCUCGAGGCACGUUCGCCUCCUGCGCCCAGUCGCAGGGCCAUGGUCUCGCCGCCCCCGCCCCCGUCCUCGCCCACUACACCCUUCUCGCCAUCGGCAGCUUUUGUGCGCCGUUCCCACCGUGCAAGUCUGACCAGCAACGCAUCGCCGCCUGCGCGCGACUUUGCAGCAUCUCUGGUGAGACCCUCGAGCGUAGCGAGCAGCAUAGGUUCCGGCGCGCGCGCUGGGACCUUGCCGAUCCCCAUCGCUGCGGCGAAGGGCGCUCCCGCUGCACCGGUAGCUACGUCGAUGGAAGGAUCGCCGUCGCCGUCCAGUUUCGGUGACCACGGCCCGGGCGGCGUCGGCGCGCUCGUCCCCGCCUCUCGGCGGCUGAGUACCAAGGGCUCGGCCGCGAGCCUGAGAGGCGCGGCCGCGAGUGCGAGCCCGAAGAGCGCCGGCCCGAAAGGCAAGGCCGAGGAUCCGUUCCGACCCUCCCCGCUCGGCAACAGCGACGCACCGACGCCGACGAGCGCAGGGGGGUUCCUGAGCGGCCUGUCGAUGUCACGGAAGCGCAACAUGAGCUCGGGCGGCGGGGCGACCGCACUAGACAUCCUGAACAAGUACAAAGGCCCUACGGCGUAGAUGUAGAUGGGUGGCGGAGAUUGGAGAAGCAUUGUCGGUGUUAGAUGCAAUGCAUUGCGUGCCCCGAUUAAA